CACGUCUCAUAUUUAUUAUUUACAUAAAAGUAUUGAGUUGUUUUGUGUUUAAUAUUUGUUAAUUAUAAGUGAAAAUGCAGUUAACUGAUGUAUUCUGUUUUGGAAUGUUUGUGGUAGUGCUAAUGGCAACGAAUGUAAGAAGUGAUGAUGAACAACAGGAACUCCAAGAAGAAUCAAAGAAACAUCAAAUUAGUAAACGUGAAGCUGUAUUGCUAUUUGACAAAUAUUCAUUAGAACCUAUUCACAAACAUAAACCAAAGGUUAUUUACCGCAGAAUUUCAAGCCAAAAACGGGACCCGCGCCCUAAAUACGGUCCUCCUAGAACUAAGUACAGAUCGUCAAAACCACCGAGAAAACCAGUGAAGAAAUUUAAGAAAUCAGUUCCUCCCAAAUACGGACCACCGAGUUAUAAAAAACGCCCAACUAAACCGAGAUACGGUCCUCCAAAGCCAAGCUACAAGCCAGUUUACGGGCCACCAAAGAAGAAGUACCAUAGCGCCUAUUUUACAUCCGAACCAACAGGUUUCGGCGAACCCCCACGCGAUUUCUAUCAAGAUUUCCACAGCCCCAAAAUGUCAUUCGGAGAACCGCCAGUAGACAUGUACAACGGCCCAGUGAAGCCGCUUUAUGAUCCGUAUGAGACAGCUCAAGAUGUUAUUAAUCCAACAAUCUUUGACGAAGAAGCAAACAGAUUUGGCCAAGAGUUUAGAAAUUGGAAUGCAGUUCCACAUGAACAGAUAGAUACAAAUUACGCUAGCUCUCAUAAUCAUCCUGCAUUCAGAGAGCAGGAGAACCUAUUUGAUCCAUCAUCACCUGAUGAAGAUGACACUUUGAAUCCAUAUUUAGAUCGAUAUAAAUUCCAUCCGGAAGACGACUCGAGCCUAUAUGAAAGAAAGAGAAAGCCAUACUACAUAGAUAGUGUUAUAGCAAUGAGACCAAGAAACCCGCAGAAAACAAGUACUGAGGAUGAAGAAGAAGUAUUAGUAGGAGGUAAAUACGCAGAACCGCCGGCUCGAGUUGUACACAAAAGUUAUUCCUCUAUGAACGAAUCGCCCUAUUCUGACGAUGAAGAUUCCUCAGCACCAGGCUAUGUAGACCCCGAUGUUGCUGUAUCAGCUAACAUUUCCCCAUAUGUUAAUUAUAAAAACGGUAACAUAGCAUUCAGUCCACAAAAUCUAAACGAUGCGUUCAGCAUAGUAGAUAAAAAAUAGUAAAAUCUUUUGAUUCUUCUCUUGAAAUAUGUACAAAAUUGUAAAUAUAUGUCAAGUUCUAACAAAAUCAUAGUGUGUAAUUUCAAUGAUUUAAUUCUAUUAAGUAUUCAGACGUGCCGUCAUGGAAGAGUGACCAACUUUCUCAUGAUUUAUUAAAACUCUGCAAUAUUAUAAAUUAUGUAUUUACUUAUUAUUUAAAUAGUUAAUUAUAACUUUAGUACAUGUAAGAUAAAAGUUAAG